AUGCGUGAGACACGUUUGUUUGAUUAUGGUAAUAUCAAUGAUUCAGCGCGUUUCACGCGCGGUGACAUCGUCUUCACAUGUGCAGACUUAGACGAUUUGGGUACAACCCGUGGUACAUGGGCUGGGCUGGCCGGCGAGACGAUUGCAUGGAGGGUAGAGGAGGGAAAGGCGCUAAUAUUUGAGAAUAUCGUAAGCCGUAAGGGCUUUCGCUUGAACUUCUCCGCACCUCUUACAUGCAGGCCACUAGUCUUGACGGAGGCCAAUCAAGCCUCGGAAACCAUCGAAGUGCUGGUGUCUUGCUACACGAGCAAACAUGGGUGCGUGCUCGUACAGAUUCGGUUGAACAUGCCGGUCCCUGGUGUGAAUGCGACGAUCGCCCACGAAGAGAUUUGCCGCCGGUCGUUUCCGUCGACUUGGAUCACUUGCAUGGCCGAUGUUGAUGGCGAUUACGUUAUCGGUCGAAAGGAUGGCACUUGCGCCAUCGUCAGGUUUAAAGAUGGAACGCCUGCAAACAUGGAUCUAAUUACAUUUGCGCCUGGAGCACAUGCCGGUAUACAGGGCAGUAGUAUUGCUGAAGAUACGAGCAUGGUUUCUGGCGAGUCUGUCGAGUCUCUUCCCUCUCAGCGAUCAGUGGCGUCCUCUAUAUCUUUUGGCCUCAUGACAAGGUUCUUUGGCAGUCCCAGAGUUGGGGCCACUUCCGCGGGAAGGAAUACGGUAGAAGCAAACUCGCAUGAGCCAAGACUAGUUUCGAGUUCGUCGAGGACAUCUCGAGAAGAGAAGAGAGGGUCAUAUUGGAGAAGUAUGGAUGCGGUGCUUUGCGUCGCGAAAAUGAAGCUGCAUGUGAAAGCAUUUGCAUCGCUCCAUGCUAGUGGAAGGGUUUGCGUAUUCACCUUUGGAGGGACGUGUUACGACUAUAUUGCGGAUAUAAUGCUGCCAGUAACACUUGCCAGCGGCCUAGUCACUCAUUUUCUUGUAACAGGUCUUGACGGAUCUGUGAUUGCAGCUGUUUUGGCCGACGAAGAUCCAAAUGCCGACUCGCUUCGAGUAUUUCACAUUACGGCAAAAAGGCGUGGAGAGCGAUCACUUGCGCUUGCGACGACGCCAAUUGCGACGAGGAUGGGUCCUGUCGACCCUAUUGUCUCCGCUUCGUUCAGCGGUGAAGACGUGAUUGUUGGGUCUCGGUCAGGUUUUGUAUCAGGAGUCUUAAAUGUACCAAGCGAAGUAGAUGAUGGUACUGGUAUUCCAACCGGUACGUUGUAA